CCGGCCGGUCCUGUCCUAUCCCCAGUCAAGCCGUGCACUUUCAAAACUCAAUGCUAGCGCGGCUUUGGAAAAAAAAAAAGAAAAGAGGAAAAAAAGUCCGGCCCACAAACAGGCUUCAAGUAUGUCCUCUAUCCACAUUUUAAAGUUUUAGCUUUUAGCACAUGAUGGAGAACUCGGACAGGCACAACCGGGCAAGGCCAGGUAGCCGGGGAGCAGCUUCAGAUGGCCGGAGGAACCAGGAGCACAAUCGAGGACAGCCCUUCAGAAUGGAUGGAGGAGUGCAAGGCAAGAAGAACCAGGGAGGGCCGUACUGGUCCAGCCCCAAUAGGGGGGGACUCGGCCCCUUGGCUUAUUCCCCCGGAGCCUUCCGAGGCGGCCACAGCCCCUUGCAGAGGGAUGAUCUACAUCGGUUCUGGAGUCCGGAAAACAGCGGCGGGACUCGAGAAGAGACCUGGAGAGAGCAUAUCCAUCAACAGUGGGGGAAGAGUGUCCGUGAUGGAGGUCCAUAUGAGGACAGGGACACGUGGAGGAGGGAUACCUCUGACGGAGGAAAUGCAGGAAGAAGACGUCGACCGAGACACAAGCGCAGACAUUUUGCUGAAGAGGACCAGGACCUCGCGAGCGAAGAGUCGUCACUCUCAGCCAAAGAUCUGCAAGCACUGCGGCAAGCUGAAAUGCGUCUCGGUAAAGAUGGCAUUCACAAGAAGAAGUCCAACAGCAAGCCUAACGCACUUUACACCUGCACCCUCUGCGACGUCCUUCUGGACUCGCUGUCUGAUGCUAACCGGCACGUCCGAGACAAGCGGCACAAGCGGAGGCUCAGGGAGAAGAAAGAGCACACCAUGCUGACCGAGAUCCUGCCGCCUGGCCCCGAGCACGUUGGCGCGUUGACCGCCGCCUUAGAGGCUGUGGUCAGCCAGCACGGAAUGGAUGACGGCGAUGUGGAGACGAGGCGCGGUGUCGUGUCCCUCAUGCAAGAUGUUCUCCUUUCCGUCCUACCCGAGAUCAGGCUUCGCUUGUACGGAUCGUCCUGCACCAAGUUUGGAUUCAAGGAUUCCGAUGUCAACGUGGACAUCCGCUAUCCGCCUCACAUGCAUCAGCCAGAUGUCCUGUUGUCGGUCAAGGAGUGCCUGGCCGGGAGCCCUCUUUUUGUUGAUCUGGAAGCUGACUUUCAUGCUCGUGUGCCCGUGGUGAUGUGCAAAGAAAAGAAGAGUGGUCUUCUGUGCAAAGUGAGCGCCGGGAAUGAAAAUGCCUUCCAAAGCACGGCUUAUCUGGCUUCCCUCGCCAAGCGGGAGCAGCUCCUCCCGCCGCUGGUUCUUGGACUGCGGCGUUGGGCGAGGAUCUGUCAAAUUGACCGCGCGGAGGAGGGUGGGCUACCCCCGUACGUCUUUGCCCUCAUGGUCAUCUUCUUUCUACAACAGCGCAAGGAAGCCCUCUUGCCAACCUAUCUCAAUCAAGCGAUCAAGACCUUUUCGCUGAGCAAGCUUUCCGACUUCAACCUUGUGUGCGUGGAGGAUGGACACUUGCAGUGGACUUGUUCCAGCAAGGACGCGCCGCAGCCAGCGGAGGGCUCUUGCCUGAGGGGAAAGGUUCCGCUGGUUUUCCAAAGCCCUGGCCCCCCUGCCGAGAUGGGCGCGCUCUGGGUGGAAAUGCUCCGUUUCUAUUCCCUGGAGUUCAACAUGGCCGACAACGUCAUCGGCGUACGGACCGGCGCCGUCCUCUCUCGGGAGUUGAAGGACUGGCCCAAGAAACGCAUGGCCGUGGAGGACCCGUUUGCCGUCAAGAGGAACGUGGCGCGCUCCGUCAACAGCCAGCAAAUGUACGACUACAUCCUCCAUUGCCUCAAAACAACCUACAAGUACUUUGCGCUGCCCCUCGACGCGGCACCUCCGUCUGAGGGGAAGGCGGGCGGCGCCACCUCGAGUCAGCCGAGCACGGACUCCCAAAACGGUCCCGAAGAUUCCGACUGCAUCGUCGAGGAAGAGGAGGAAAUUGAAGAAGGCAGCGACUCGGAAGGGGAGAAGGAAAAGGCGGACUUGGGCAAAAGCAGCUUCUCCGAGGAAGAAGAGGACGACGACGCCCGGGCGCACGGCGCCAGACGUCACUUGGACAGCUUCACCACGGAGGAUGAGGAGAUUUUCCCCGUGGACGAGAUCUCGGGGGAGGAGCUUUUGUCUGAUGAGGAACCUCCGGAUUUGGACACGCCCGCUUCAGAGGAGGAAGAGCUGGCGCCUGCCGUGGCCUCACCUGCGUGCCAACGGGACACUGUUGAAAAUGAGCUCCCAGAAAAUCAAGUAGUCCACGCGCAGAGCACAAAGUCAUACCAAUUCAGCAAGCAUGCUUUCACCAGAGGAAAGACACACAUGGUCGUGUGCAGCUUGUGCAAGCGCGACGGCCACUUGAAGAAAGAUUGUCCGGAGGAUUUCAAAAAGGUGGACUUGCCGCCGUUGCCCCCGAUGACGGCCGACUUCCUCAGCGUGCUGGACCUAGUGUGUGAGCAGUGCUUUGUGGACUUUGCCCCGGAUGACUUGGAAGUGGCCGUCAGAGAGCGCAUCCUGCAAGAUCUGGAGAUCUUUGUCAGGCGACAGUUCCCUGGUGCACGUCUGCAGCUCUUUGGCUCUUCCAAAAAUGGCUUUGGCUUCCGACAGAGUGACCUGGACAUCUGCAUGGUGCGAGAGGGCCAGGACAACAUUGACGAUGUUGACUGCAUCAAUGUGAUCGAGCGUCUUGCAAAGCUCCUCAGGAAACAUCCAGAUUUGAGGAACAUCCUGCCAAUUACCACCGCCAAAGUGCCCAUUGUGAAGUUCUACCACGUCCGCACCGGUCUGGAGGGAGACAUAAGCCUUUACAACAGACUGGCUCUGCACAACACGCGCCUGCUGGCGUUGUACGCCGCCAUCGACAGGAGAGUGAAGAUCCUGUGCUACGUCAUGAAGGUGUUUGCCAAGAUUUGCGACAUCGGCGACGCUUCGCGCGGCAGUCUCUCGUCUUACGCCUACACCCUCAUGGUUCUCUUCUUCCUUCAGCAGAGGGAACCGCCUCUUAUACCCGUGCUACAGGAGCUUUACGACGGUGACAAGAAGCCGGAGGUGUUGGCCGACGGCUGGAACGUGUAUUUCUUUGAAGACUUAAAAGCACUGCCGAGUCGCUGGCCGCAGUACGGAAAGAACACCGAGAGUGUGGGCCAACUGUGGCUGGGCCUCCUCCGCUUCUACACGGAGGACUUUGAUUUUAAAGAGCACGUGGUGUGCACCCGGCAGAAAGCCCGCCUCACCACCUUCAACAAGCAGUGGACGUCCAAAUACAUCGUCAUCGAAGAUCCGUUUGACCUCAAUCACAAUCUGGGUGCCGGUCUGUCCAGGAAAAUGACCAAUUUCAUCAUGAAGGCCUUCAUCAAUGGCAGAACUGUGUUCGGCACCCCUGUCCAGGCCUUUCCGCCCGAGUACCCUCGUCAGAUGGAGUACUUUUUCGACCCUCAAGUCCUGACCGAAGGAGAAGUGGCCCCCAACGACCGUUGCUGCCGUAUCUGCGGCAAGAUCGGUCACUUCAUGAAAGACUGCCCCAUGCGCAGGAAGUCCAGGCACAGGCACGACUCGGACAGAAGGCCCGACAACGCGCUUGAGCGAGCGGACGCGGCCGACGACCCGGCGUCCAGACACAAAAGCGAACGCUGGCGGUGGCGCGACGCUCCCGAGCCGCGCUGCUGCUUCCUGUGUGGCUCCAGGGCUCACAUCAAGAAGGACUGUCAGCUCUACAGAGGAAAUACGAAAAUGGAAAACCUCCCUCCCUCCUCCUCCUCCUCCUCCUCCUCCUCAUCGGGCCUCUUGAGGAAUUCCAGAGAGAAACAAAGUUCACUGUUGAAGGAGGAGGAGGAGGAGGAGAAGAAGAAAAGGCCUCAACAUGUGAUGCUAAGUCCACAAGCAGGUAGUUUAGCUACCCGCAAUUCGGGUCACGGGAAGAGCCCGGUGGAGUGAGCAGCGGCCGCACAGAAGGAAGGUUCGAGUACUUGUGUCCGGGCAGGCGGCAAACGGGCUGACGUUUGGAGCCAAAGCCGGGACACCUUGACUUGAAGCCAUCUUGGGCCUUUUGAUCCUUUUAUUUUCUCCCCCUUCUUUUUUUAAAUGUUCGUUUUAGCAAGGUGAGUCGGCCGUUGAUACUUUGAAGCCAAAUGGAAUGGCGAAAGCGGCCGGCGAGCCGGCUGGAUCUCUCUCGGUCGGUCUAGCCGAUGAAAACGUGCCAUGUUGAAGUCCAUUCAUUUGCUCCUGUCUGUCCUGAAACUGUUUGAUCUGAACGUGGUGGUGAUUUCUUCAUCUCUAUUUAUAUGGAUGUCUCUCUCAAUGGUGAAAGCAGCUUCCAUUUUACCUUGGCCGUGUAUUUUUCUUUUUUAGAUUUGAUUUGGAUGUUUUAAACUUGAUUUGUCCUUUUGCACUGAUACCCAUCGUCUGCUUUAAAAGUUGCAAACAAGCAGCUUGCUCUGUGUGUAGAUGUGUAAAUAUUUUAGGAUCAUUGUUUCAUUUGAAGAGACUGCCGCCGGUCCAUCUAUUUUAGAAACAAAACACGCAGAACCGCCCGGCCCACCCGACCCACCGCCCUCCCCCUUUUGAAGCAAGCAGAAUGAAAUGCUAGAGCUGGAUGCAAUGGCGCCAAAGGCCUCAAUUGAGAGCGCAUUGUGUAUUUAUCUGACUCAAAGGUACACUUUUGUUAACAUACACGCAGCGUAGGUAGGUAGCUGCACUGUGAGGGGCCACACCCUCCAUUGAUGUUGUUGCUAGAUGUUAAAAAAAAAAAAGGAAAGAAGAAGAAGAAGAAGCCUGUCACUCAUAGACUGUCUGUCUUUUUUUGCAAGGUUGAAUUUUCCUAAAGAAAGGUGUUUGAGAUGGUUUGUUUUGGAAGAUGGCAGCCUUACUCUUUCUUUUGUGUCGGACUUGACCUGUCGUUGUUUAGUGUGCCGUUGACGGGCCCGGCCGGACCUGCCAGCUUUGGCUUAGCGCUCCAUUUCAGUCAUUAAAUUCAAACCAAAUCCAAA